UUUCCAUUUCACACACACAAUCAUCUAUACGUAUAAAAAUCUAUAUCUAUAUACAUAAUAACCGAUCGAUACAAAUGGCGGCACGAGCAAGACGAACGACGUCGUUUCCGGAGGUAGUUAUUGAGAGAGACAGCGACACUGACGAAAGUUCCGACGACGAAGAAGAUGAUGAUUUAGAAAUUGAAAACGACGUCGUUGAAUCUGAUGAUAACGCCGUUGAUAAAGAAGAAGAAGAUGAAGUUCAAAACGAUGUCGUUUCAGCCAAUGUGAAAGGGAAAGCACCAAUUACUAUUAGUCUUAAAAAAGUCUGUAAGGUUUGUAAGAAAACUGGACAUCAAGCGGGGUUUCAAGGAGCUAAUUACAUUGAUUGUCCAAUGAAACCUUGUUUUCUCUGCAAAUUGCCCGGUCACACGACGGUUAAUUGUCCUCAUCGAGCGGCUAUGGAGUUUGGGGUUAUUCCAGCUUCUCGUAAAAGAACAAAUAACCCAUUUGAUUAUGUAUUUGAACGCCAAAUGCGGCAUAAAGUUCCUUCUAUAAAACCAGAAUUUGUGAUCCCGGAUGAAGUGAAUUGUGCAGUGAUUAGAUACCAUAGUAGACGGGUUACGUGUUUGGAGUUUCAUCCGACUAAUAAUAACAUUCUCUUGUCAGGAGAUAAGAAAGGACAACUAGGAGUAUGGGAUUUCGGCAAGGUGUAUGAGAAGACUGUAUACGCGAACAUACAUAACUGCCUACUCAACAAUAUGAAGUUCAGUCCAGCAAAUGAUGGAACAGUGUAUACAGCCUCUUCAGAUGGAACCGUCAGUUCAACAGACUUAGAGACUGGUUUGUCAACGUGUUUGAUGGACCUAAAUCCUGGCGGGUGGCAGGGGCCUAAAAAUUGGAGAAUGCUAUAUGGUAUGGAGCUUAAUGCAGAGAAAGGUGUCUUGUUAGUUGCGGAUAGCUCUGGAUUCUUACACUUGGUGGAUGUAAGAUCCGAUUCUAAAAAAGGAGAUUCAGUUCUGAUCCAUAAGAAAGGAACAAAAGUUGUGGGACUGCACUGCAACCCUGUUCAGCCAGAUCUUCUUUUGAGCUGUGGAAAUGAUCACUUUGCUCGUAUAUGGGAUAUGCGCCGAUUAGAAGCCGAAUCGUUUCUUCACGGGCUUCCACACAAACGGGUGGUUAACUCUGCUUAUUUUUCUCCUCUGAGUGGAAGCAAAAUAGUCACAACAUCAAUAGAUAACCGAAUCCGUGUGUGGGACUCUAUAUUUGGCGACUUGGACACACCAAGCCGAGAAAUUGUGCACAGCCAUGAUUUUAAUCGACAUUUGACUCCAUUUCGAGCAGAGUGGGACCCAAAGGAUCCAUCAGAGUCCCUUGUGGUUGUUGGGCGUUAUAUAAGUGAAAACUAUAAUGGAGCUGCUUUACAUCCUAUUGAUUUUAUAGACACCAGCACAGGCCAACUAGUUGCUGAGGUUAUGGACCCAAACAUAACCACAAUCAGUCCGGUGAACAAAUUGCAUCCGCGAGAUGAUGUUUUGGCAUCGGGUAGUUCAAGGUCUCUGUUCAUUUGGAGGCCAAAAGAGAAAUCCGAGAUGGCGCAAGAGAAGGAAGAAAGAAAAAUUAUCCUCUGUGAUAGGAAAAAUAUCAAGAAAUUUGGAGAUGAAAGUGACAACGAUGAUGAUGAUUCCGGUGAUGAUUUUUCUAGCAAAAAAGGUAAGAGUUUAAAGCACAAAAAAGCAAAGAUAGUAGUAACUACUCCAUGUAGCAGCAGCAAGAAGAAAAAGUCUUAAAAUCUGAACAGUGUAUAUAAGUGACUAGUAAUAGUGUUUUGUCUCAGUUUUAUUUUUUUUGGGGGGGAGUAGAUUGAAAUUCUGGUUUUCUGGGCUUGAUUGCAAUCUAUGCUAAUAUUUUGUAGAUACAUAAAACUGUAGGGAAGUGGUCUGCUGAUUUUUGGUUUUGUUACAGCAACUACUAGUCUACUCCCAAUAACUAUCGUUUAAGUUAUAAAUAUAAUAGCUUAAUUAGGUAA